AUGACGUCUACAGUCCCAGUAUUUAAAGGACUCUCAGCUGAGCGUUGUCAAACUAUUCUGGACUGGUUGCGCGAUAAUGCCACAUUAGUUAGCACUCCGCCCGACGAUGAGUCAGCGAAGCAGGAACGCAUAUAUCACGUUCACCUAACACUCAAGACUAGUGACGAUCACGUAAACCUUCUGGAGUUAUCAUUGCUAAGCUCGCUAAAGCUUAUGGUGACCUCGAAGAACAUUCCGAAGAGGAUGAUGAGCAGUUCUACAAGUAUAUGGAAACUGCACAGGACGCCAUUAUGA